UUUGUAAGAUAAGAUUUACAGAAUGAGUUUAUAAUUUUUUUAAUUUAAAGAUUUUAAUCUUACUUUAUAGGUAAUAAAUUAAAUAAUAUUUAUGUGUAUUUUAUGUAUAAAAUAUAAGUAAUCUGUAUUACGUGUAUAUAACGUAAAUUAUGUGAACUACGUUGAACGUAUUAUUCAUAAGUAAACAAUAAUGAAUGGAAUUAUAUUCAAAAUUAUAUUUUGUACUUUAUCUUUAAUAUUAUAAAUUAUUUUAUUUUGUUAACAUUAAAUUCAGGUAUAUUGUAUUAUAAUCUUGACAUUUAUGAUACAAUGUCUCAUAUUCUUACAGAUCAAAUCAACUUAACUUAUCGCACAAACUUUGAAAUGUCUAAUGUGACCUGGCUUCAGCGCUUUACACGCAAAUUCGGUUUACAGUUCAAGAUAAGUGUGUCAUGCACAAUAUAGAAUUAUAGAGUGUACCGACGUUUCACCGCAGUACCUUUCACGCAGAAUGAUCGCUUUACUACUUGUCGAUUUCGAUUCGCAAUGCAAGAGCAGAUCGUGUACGCAUCGAUUCGCGUAGGGAACAAUAGAUGACGAGGAUGGGAUGCGUUAAGUGUGCCAGGUAUUGUCAGGAGAGGACAAGGGGAGGAGAAACAGAGGAUACGAAGGAGGGAGAGGAUAGCUUCAGAUUCAUCCUCGAGUUACUUUCACUUGAACUUCUUGUAGCGCCGUGUAGUGAUCCUCUGAACGGUGGGAGCGGAGCUCCUGUUGCUUUCCGCGUAAUUCAAACUCACGUAAUCCUUUGAUAACCUUAGAUUUUUAUUAAAAAAACAAAAAAAUGGCGUUUCACCGAAUUCUACAAUCGUAUCUCCUGCGAUGCACGCUAUUCACCAUCAUUGUCCGCGCCGAAGAAGUUUUUAAUACCACGCCGCCGACCGUCAAAACGGGCUUCUCCUGUCUCAACCGGCCUAUGGGAUUUUACGCCGACGUCGAAGCGAAUUGCAAGGUAUACCACAUGUGCGACGAUCACGGGAACAAAUUCAGUUAUCGGUGCCCCGAGGAGACGGCUUUUCGCCAGGAGGCCUCGAUAUGCGAUCACGCUUAUCUCGUCGACUGCCAGGCGACCGUUUACCCGUCGACUGAAUUUCCGAACGAGAACGUCGCGGCUUUCUCGACGAGGUCCCCGGUGGAGUCGAACAACUCGCUCGACGAUCACCGAUCGUCAUUUUCGCGCUCCUUCCGGGUGAUUCAACGACCCGACAAAUCCAUGCCGGAUAAGCUUCAACCUGGCUUCGUCUUCAGCGCCAGUCUAUUCCUGAGGAAUCAGGAUCGAACGCGGAACCAAGCCAGGCAGCUCACCUGCCCGACGUGCAACGUCGAUUCAACGGGGAACAACGGCGUGACAAUUCCCACCGCCCGGACGCUUACCGAACAGUUUGGCGCCUGGGGCCCGCGUAACGACGAGUCAGCCGCGCCGAGACGGUCUUUGUCUUCCCCGUCGGAGACCCGCGACAAAGGCACCGUAUACUUUAAUCGCCCGUACGCGAAUCCCUCGCCCGCGAUAGCAUCGGAGGAUAAUAACCGGCAUUCUCCUCCGGCGCGUGAGAAGUCGUCGAGUUACAACAGCGAUUACCAUCCAUACUCGGAGACUUUACGAUCGAUUCAAGCCAACGCACACGCGGCUUACAUAAAGCCAACCACGGAGAUUCCCGUGCACGCGUUGACGCUCUCUUUGAAGCCGCUGAUACCGAACGAGCUGGAAUAUGAUCCCUACUACCCCAAGCAGCCGACGUCCACCGAGGCUUACUACACACCGAGCCAUCGCAAUAAAGUCGACCCGAACGCACGGUUCUCCAGCUCCAGCCAAGCGCCGCUGAUCGCGCACCCCAGUCUCGCCUUUGAGAUCCCGUCCGUGUUACCAGAUUUGAACACCUUGGAGGAUUUGAUCGACCGCCGGAAGUUCUUCUACAUUCCGCGCACAAACGUGAAAUCGAUAUGACGCGCCAAAAGGGUAUUCAAGUAUUCUUCG